AUGGCGCCUGCAUUGUUUGGGAAAGUGAAAUCCAAGGGCAGGAAGUGGUUGCAGGCCUCUCACCGGGAAUCCUCGACUCCUUCGCCACAAACACUUUCGCCAACACCAUCUCGACCUUCAUCCCAACUAGCUGCUCGACCGACAUCUCAGCCAACGCCCUCUCCGCAUAUCUCGACGGAUUCCGACACCUCCUCGCUGACGAGUCUACAAGAGCGGCUUUGGAAUAAGGCCUACGAUGGGCUCAAAGCGAGCGAGCCCAAACUAGUCGGGGCGUACGAGAAGAUCUUGGGUUCUAAACUGCACGAGGACGGCCCUAGCUCCGUUGCCUCCGAACCGACUGACAAUGGAAUAGCAAGCGCUUGGGGCCCAAGAUGCCGCCAAAUGCAGCAGUUGAUCCAGGCAGGGCUGGGCCGGACGCAGAAGCAAGCGUCCAUCAAGCAAGGCAUUGACGAAGGCUUGCAAGCAAUACAAGCGGUGAGGGGAAUAAUGGACAGCGCGGUAAAGGCCGCACCAGAAGCCGCCGUUGCCUGGGUCGGCGUCUGCCUUGGAUUAGAGAUCCUUUCGAACCCCGUCACCGAGGCACGCGCAAACCGCAAAGGCAUCGCCUACGUCCUGUCAAGAAUAGAGUGGUACUGGAACUUAGUGUCUCUACUUCUCGACGAGAACAAGGCCGAGCAAUCUUCCGUGGGACUGCGAAUGAAGAGCGUCUGCAUUUACUACCGGAACUCGGCUGUCGUCAUCGGAAGGGAUAUGCUCAAACUCGAUGACUGGGCUGGCCAGUUCAGCGAGAUCAAGGAAGCAGAGGAUGCCGUGCAAAGAGACAUGGAACAAUACAACACAGAAGAGAGCAAGAUACGACUGCAGAAAAUCGCCAAAACCGCUAGCGCUAUAGAGAUGAAGCUCCAAGACAUUCAUGCGGCCAUCAAAGGCGUACAUUUGGCCAUUGAAGCGCAAACGCAACAUCAAGAGAAGAGACACCAAGACGACGAGGCGAAGCAAUGUCUGAAAGACCUGCGCGAGACCGACCCUCGCGACGACAAGACGCGCAUCGAAGCUACAAAGGGCGGCCUGCUCAGGGACUCGUACCGCUGGAUUCUUGAUAAUGACGAAUUUCGGCGAUGGCGUGACGAUCCACAAAGCCAGCUGCUCUGGAUCAAAGGCGAUCCUGGCAAGGGCAAGACGAUGCUGCUGUGCGGCAUCAUCGACGAACUGGAGAAGGAACCCGGCAAACACCUGUCCUACUUCUUCUGCCAGGCCACCGAGACACGACUGAGCAAUGCGACGGCCGUGCUGCGUGGCCUGAUCUACCUUCUCGUCGACCAACAGCCGUCGCUCAUCUCGCAUGUUCGGGAGAAGCACGACCAUGCGGGUAAGCAGCUUUUUGAGGAUGGGAAUGCCUGGGAAGCCUUAUCUAAGAUCCUCACGGCCAUGCUUAAUGACCCGGGCGUGGAUGGUGCGAUCCUGAUUGUUGAUGCCCUCGAUGAAUGCAAGACAAAUCGCCAUCAGCUUCUCGACUUCAUCACUAAACCUUCCCGCGUCAAGUGGAUCGUCUCUAGCCGUAACUGGCCGGACAUUGAGGAGAAACUGGACAAUUUGGAGCAGAAAGUCAGGCUGCGCCUUGAGUUGAACAAGGACUCAAUCUCCAAGGCUGUCAAUACCUACAUCGGACACAAGGUGAAUCGACUGGCAGGUCUUAAGAAAUACGCAGGGUUGAAAGCCACUCCACUCAAUCCACUAGCAGCUCGAGUGGAGUGGGUAGAUCAUAAUCCACUGAAUAUCUCAGUAUCGUGGAUCCACUAG